GAGACCAAAACAUUCAUACGCCAGAAAAGUCUUAAGCGUUGUUGUAAUAUUUCUAGAAUUCCCAUCUUUAGAUUUUCAUCUAUGGCCCUUAACACAUUUUUCAAAGAGUUUCCACCGAACAGUGACGAGGCUAGACUAAAAGACGAGGUUCGUCAACUUGUUGAGGAGCACGAUGUCUCACAUCUUGAGAGCGCUUUAAAGACUGAGAUGGACAAUCUGAAAAAGCGCCAGAAAUAUGCAAAUGAGCUAGCAAAGCAAAAACGAUCGAUUGAGCAAACCAUAUCGGAGUUAUCAGAGGAGCUGAAGCACUUGAAAAAUGUACGGACCAAAAAAGAGGAGGCAUGCCGCGAGCUGGACGAGUUUACAAAGCGAAAGCGACAGAUGAAUGAGAAAAUUAAGUUGGAGCUUCCGGAGAUGCGUUUAGCAUCAAAAAAAACCUUUUACGAGCGGCUAAAACAAGCUGAAGAAACGUUUGAUGAAAAACGAAAGGAUAUCGCGAAACAAAAGGAGGAAAACGACGCGCUUGCGGUAGUGGUUGAGUCGCUACAAAACGAGUACGAAAGCAUGCACACACAGAUCAAUGUUGAGCGUAAGGAGAAAUUAGAGAAAAUCAACAGCAUUUUGGCAACAAACCAAAGCUUUGCCUCCAAGGUGGAUGACCUGCACGUACGACUACAGGUUGUCGUACGUGAGAAAAGUACCUUACAGAGCAGCAUCAUCGCACUAAAGGAACAGUUGGCUGUUUACGAAGCUCAAUACGAACACCUUAACUCUUCUUCAAUGAAGCCAGAGGACAUUCAGAGACUCCUGGAUAAGCAGAAGGUGGACAGCGAGGCGCAAAUGGAACGUAUUCAACAGGAAAAGACGGAGGCGUUGAACCUUCGUGGGAAGCUUGAGAAGGAGCUGGCCGAGCUGCGCACUCGUCACGUCAGUCUUAAGAAAGAAAUCCCAGACUUGGAGCGUGCGAAGGUGACGGCAGAAAAGAAAUGCCGGAAAGCCCAGGAACACCUUCAAAAAGUAUCCCAAAACACUCCUUAAGAAGGGGUAGCGUGAAGGAAGGAGAGUCUGACUGUGUGUGAGGAAGUCAAAGACCCUUUGAGGGGUUCCUGCACACUUGAGGAUUAUCCGAUAUGUGUAAUUUUGAAAAGUAAUGGUGUCUCUCCCAACAGAACCCUCCGGGGUGUUCCA